UGAAGUCCAGAACGCCUGAAGGCUGAGUUCGACAGAAGCCGCGACCCGAAAGCGUCCUUCGCGAGGCGAAGCCAUGGCGGCGGAGCUGAGUGCGGUGCCAGAAGUGGAGCUGGACGCCGAGGGGACCUUCAAGUACAUCCUUGUGAGGGUCCAGCGCGGGGGCGGCGGGGGGAGCGAGGAGCACCGCGACAUCGUCCGGGGCACCGCGGCCGCCGAGUUCCACAAUCAUAUAUUUGAAAAAGUCAAUCCAGAAAUGGAAAAGCUGGGCUUUGUAUGCAAAUGUCUUGGAGGAGGAAAAAUAGAGCAUAAUAGCAAAGACAAGAAAAUACGUGUAUUUGGACUUUCUACAGGGUAUGGUAAAGCUGAUCAUUCUGCGACUGUAGAAAUAUUGAAGAGAAUGUAUAAGGAUUAUCAAAUCACCUGGUCAGAUGACAAGAAGUGAACUGCUGCUCUGUAAUGUAAAGUACAAAAGCAAUUUACUCUUCCAUUUAACACAAUAUAUGCUUGAUUUCUAAUUAUCUCAGAAAGUACAAUGAGUGAUCGUGUUGAUGAUAAAUAAAAAAACUUGAAUGUGAA